AUGGAUUCCGGUGGCGAACACGAAGCUCCUGCCCAGCCACAGGCCAACGGGAGCGGCGGGAGGAAGAAGAAGUUGAUGUACCGGCACACCCCGCAACAGAUUCAAGAACUCGAGGCGAUGUUCAGGGUGUGCCCGCACCCCGACGACAAGCAGCGGGGGAAGAUGAGCAGGGACUUGGGGCUCGAGUCGCGCCAGAUCAAGUUCUGGUUCCAGAACAGGAGGACCUUGAUGAAGUCGCAGCACGAGAAGGCGGACAACUGCUCGCUGCGGGCGGAGAACGACAGGAUACGGGGCGAGAACAUCGCGAUGAAGGAGGCGGUGAGGCGGCUAGCGUGCCGCCACUGCGGCCUCAACAACGGCAGCGCCAACCCUUACUUCGACGAGCAGAGGCUGCGCAUGGAGAACGCCCGCCUGAAGGAAGAGGUUGAUCGCGUAUCGAAUCUCACCUCCAAGUACUUGGGCAGGCCUAUCGCUCAUCAGCACCAUCUUCUCCUGCCGAAGUCAGUGCCCCAAGGCGGCGGCGCCCCUCCAUCCUUCGAUCCCUCUCCUUCGAUUCCCUAUUCUCUUCGACAAAUUUCCGACAGCGACAAACCGAUGCUGAUGGACAUGGCUUCGUACGCCAUGGACGAGGUCAUUCAGCUACUGCAGCUCGGCGAGCCACUGUGGGUCAAAUCGGCGAGCAACGGCGCAGAAGUCCUUGAACUGCAAGCCUACCAGAGGAAGUUCCCUAAACCACAUCAGCCAAAGUUUUCCGGCACCCGAACGGAGGCUUCCCGGGACUCUGCCACAGUGACGAUGAGCUGCCGCAUGCUCGUCGAUGCAUUCAUGACUCCGAGCAAGUGGAUGGAACUGUUUCCUACAAUCGUUUCGAAUGCAACGACCAUUGAUGUUCUACCUUCUGGAGCGUCUGGAAGCAGCAGCGCAGGAUCUGCGAUAUUGAUGUAUCAAGAGCUGCAAAUUCUGUCGCCGGCCGUUCCGACGAGAGAAUUGUGUGUGCUCAGGCACUGCCGGCGAGUUGAUUCGAGUUCAUGGGCGAUCGCUGACGUUUCAGUCGACUACCUCCUAGGCAACUACGUGGAAGCUUGCGCCCGGAAGCUUCCUUCCGGCUGCUUGAUUUCGGAAAUGGCAAAUGGAUGCUCCAAGAUAACUUGGAUCGAGCAUGUGGAAAUCGAAGAGAAGAACCCAAUCCACAUACUCUUCCAGCAUCUCGUAACGAGUGGAGCUGCAUUCGAGGCGCGGCGAUGGGUCUCUAACCUUCGCCGGACGGCCGAGAGGAACGCCUUCUCCAUCUCGGCCGGAAUCGCCAACGACUUGGGAGGAGGUAAUGGCCGAUCCUUUGUCUGA